AUGGAGAAAGGUCUUAAGUACAUGAGAGAAUUGGCCGUGCGAGAGGUGAUUUAUGGUGACUGGCACAAGUACAUGAAUUGCAAGAUAAAACAGACAGAAGAAAGAAUUUUUCCAGGAGGAUGGCUGCGCUGCUCUAAGACAGAGCCUUGUACCACAGAUGAUCUGUAUUAUUCAGAUUAUGCUUCUCUAAUCACACAACCUUGUUCUAAGUUGGAAGUCAGGAACUUCACAAAAGCAUUUCUUCCAGUUGUGUAUUCGUUGAUUUGUGUCAUCGGCCUCGUUGGUAACAUCUUUGUAGUGAUGACCUUUGCUUUCUACGAAAGAACCAAGUCCAUGACAGAUGUGUACCUCUUCAACAUGGCCAUAGCAGACAUACUGUUUGUUCUCACUCUCCCACUGUGGGCAGUGAAUUAUGCUACUGAUGAAUGGAUUUUUGGUGAUUUCAUUUGCAAAAUGAGCAGAGGUAUCUAUGCAAUCAAUUUCAGCUGUGGAAUGCUGCUUUUGGCCUUUAUCAGCGUGGACCGGUACAUUGCUAUCGUACAGGCGACAAAGUCAUUUAAACUCAGGGCAAGAACACUUGCAUACAGUAAACUCAUUUGUUUGGUCGUCUGGGUAUCAUCAAUUUUAAUCUCUAGUUCCUCUUUUCUAUACAGUGAAAGUUACAGCUUCCCCAUCAAUGAAACCAAAGAGAUUUGUGAUCAGAGAUUUGACAGAAUGUCUCAAAGCACAAUGCUGAAAUCACUGCUGCUGUAUAUACAAGUCGGAUUUGGAUUUUUUAUACCUUUCAUAUUCAUGAUUUUUUGCUAUGCGUUCAUUGUCAAAUCCUUACAACAAGCUCAGAAUUCCAAAAGAAACAAAGCAAUCCGUGUGAUCGUAUUAAUUGUAGCUGUUUUCCUAGUUUGCCAGGUACCUUAUAAUGUUGUUCUUCUUGUGAUAGCCAUAAAUAUGGGCAAGACAGGCAAAUCUUGUGACAGUGACAAGAUAAUGGCCUAUGUGAAAUACACCACUGAAGCCAUAGCAUUUUUACACUGUUGCAUGAAUCCUGUGCUCUAUGCAUUUAUUGGAGUGAAGUUCAGAAGUUAUUUUGUGAAGGUAAUGAAGGACCUAUGGUGCAUGAGAUACAAGAAAUACAAUAAACGUAGUUCAAGGACAAACUCUGAUGUUUGUCAUUCAAGACAGACUAGUGAAAUUCUGACUGACAAUGGAUCUUCUUUUACUAUAUAG